AGAAUCCAAGAAAAUCAGACUGGUGGAGCUACCUUCAUCCUAUUGGGCUUCUCAGAAUACCCAGACCUCCAGGUGCCCCUGUUCCUCGUGUUCCUGACCAUCUACACAGUCACUGUCCUGGGGAACCUGGGCAUGAUUUUGAUCAUCAGGAUCAACCCCAAACUCCACACCCCCAUGUACUUUUUCCUUAGCCACUUGUCCUUGGUGGAUUUCUGUUACUCUACAGUAGUUACACCCAAACUGUUAGAAAACUUGGUUGUGGAAGACAGAACCAUCUCCUUCACAGGAUGCAUCCUGCAGUUCUUCUUUGCAUGCAUAUUUGUGGUGACAGAAACGUUCAUGUUGGCAGCGAUGGCCUACGACCGCUUUGUGGCAGUUUGUAAUCCUCUGCUGUACACGGUUGUGAUGUCUCAGAAGCUCUGUUCCUUGUUAGUGGUUGCAUCAUUCUCAUGGGGGAUAUUCUGGUCCCUGACACUUACUUACUUUCUGCUGCAAUUAUCCUUCCGAGGAAAUAACAUCAUCAAUAACUUUGUCUGUGAACAUGCAGCCAUUGUCGCUGUAUCCUGCUCUGAUGCUUACAUUAACCAGAAGAUAAUUUUAGUCUCUGCUACAUUCAAUGAAAUAAGCAGCCUCGUCAUCAUUCUUACUUCCUAUGUUUUCAUUUUUAUCACAAUCCUGAAGAUGCCUUCCACUGGAGGGCGCUACAAAGCCUUCUCCACUUGUGCAUCUCACUUGACUGCCAUUAUUAUUUUCCAUGGGACCAUCCUUUUUCUCUACUGUGUUCCCAAUUCCAGGAGCUCGUGGCUCAUGAUCAAAGUCGCCUCUGUAUUUUACACUGUGGUUAUUCCCAUGCUUAAUCCACUGAUUUACAGCCUCAGGAACAAAGAUGUGAAGGAGACAGUCAGGAAGUUAAUCAAUACCAAAUUAUCAAGUCACAGAAUAUAA